GGAUCCUUCACCUCCUCUAGGCCACCAGCAUUCCAGGGCUCUUCCUAGGACAGCAAGGACAGGAUGUGCCUUUGGCGCCAUGCCGCAGGCACUGCGCUUUCAAGGCAGCGAUGUUCGCAGCAGGGCGCCGGAGGCUGUUGCGCUACGAUUUGGCGAUCCGCGCGUGGUUCGUUUUGCCCGAAAGGAAUGUGACAGCGGGCCCAGCGGGCCCUUUAGCCAGGAGAAUGUGGAGCUUCAUGUGAGGGAUCGUGGCGCCACGCUCUUCAACUUCUACACUCAAGGGCACCCCUCUGACGCUCCCAGUUUGACAGCCCACUGGGCCAAACCUGUGACACCAACGCCACCCACGCGGGCCACCACAGCGUCUCCAAGCACAAAAAGGACAACGAGGUUGCGUGGACCUCUGUCGACGCCGUCGAGACCUUUGUCAGCCCUGUUGUCCCUUGGACAUCGGCGUUCAGCUGACAUCGUCAUCAAGCAGAAGAACGCCUCCGCCGCGCGACGUGUGCGGAUGCACGAACUGCAAAGAGGCAUGAUUGACCAUGAUGAGGAACGGCUGGCAGAGGUUGCGCGAGGGACUUCGCCAUUGCUUGGGGCCAGAGGUCAAGCAAUGCUUCCAGUUCCGCCUGUCGAAGUGGACCCGCUGAGGGUGCCACUGGAGCUUCGAUUACGACUUGCUGCCGGCAACAAAAUCUCAAAGAGCUUCAGGAGGCCCUGGCUGAUGGCCGCUCAUGCAGCCAACGAAGAGGCAAAAGACCUGCCUCUUCAAUAUGCGGUUGUCGAGGCUUUCGAGGAUACAAUGUAUUUCGACGUUGCCCAUCCAAGUGCAGAAGGCCCAAUACCCCGUCAAGAGUACGAGAUUCCGCGACGCUUCCAAAGUCCCAAGGACUUGCUGCUCAGAGGUGAGGAGUUAAUUGAGGCGGAGGCCCUGGAGGACCAAUGCAUGCCAAUUGCUUGGCGGUUUCUUGCUGCAACCUACGAUGCAACGCCUCAAGAAGUUUUGAUGAUGCUGCGUCAGGUGAAGAGCUUCACAACAAAGAAUCAUGGCUUCACGACCGCUUCACGCAAGGAGUUGGAGCAGAUUGCUGAUGAGAUCCUGCACUCCUUGGCAACAAGACUUGAGGAUGCUCCAGCCUAUUUCCUCAAAGAGGUCUUGGAGACAAUGAAACAGUGCGAAGUUGGAAGCACGGCUUUUUCUCACCUUGUGCAGCUACUACUGGCAAGGAGAUCAGAUGCACCAAUGUAGGUCAGUCCAGCUGGCUUGCAGCUGGAGGUUCUCGCAAAAGUGAGAUUCUUUUUCUCGCCGCAUGGUGCCACUGUGUGCCACUUAGCGUCAGUUUUCGUAGCAUUCCCGGGUCUUGCGGAAGGGUUCUGGCUCGCACUCGCCGAGCGAGAUAGAUAGAGCGACUCAAGCAAGUUGAAUCAAGAAAGAUGGGC